AUGGUCACUGCGGUAAGCUUCUCCAUUGGUAGCCAAAUUAAAAAAUUCUCAACGGUUGUUCACCCACUAAGUAUACUAAUCGUCUCCCACAGGAAUCGCCACAGAGGUAUCUGCAAUCAGCUCAAUCUAACAGACGCGGCUUUCCAUCGCUCGUUGUUCAUCAUUGCCGUGACACGACACUGCCCACUGUCUGAUAUAAGCCUGUGCGUACCCAAGGUUGUGGCCAGCUUCCUAACAAUGUCCAACCCAGCUCCUUUGAAAACGACGGAAGGGGAGGUCGCAUUCAACGUUCCCGGUGCUGACAAGCCCUGCAAAACGUGGUACAAAAUUAUUGGGGAUCUCCAUGGCUCGCCUUCUCGUCGCCCGCUCGUAGCUCUCCAUGGAGGUCCUGGAGUCAACCAUGCAUACCUCCUCGUCCUUUCCGAUCUCACUGAACGUCAUGGAAUUCCGCUCGUCGUCUAUGACCAAAUUGGGAACGGCAACUCAACCCAUCUCCCGGAAAAGAUGGGCGACACAACAUUUUGGACGGAACAGCUAUUUCUUGAUGAGCUCGAUAACCUCCUCACACACCUCGCGAUCAAGGAUGCAUACGAUAUCAUCGGACACUCAUGGGGUGGAAUGUUGGGCUCCCGUCAUGCAUCAAUGAAUCCUGUCGGUCUUAAGCGCCUUAUUCUUGCGAGUACACCUGCCGAUAUGCAACUGUGGGUAAAAAGCCAGAACGAGCUUCGUGCGCAACUUCCCGAAGAUGUUCAAGCCGUUCUCGAUCAACACGAAAAAGAUGGCACGACGGAGAGCGCUGAAUAUCAGGCCGCCGUUGGUGUAUUUUACUCUAAGUUCCUGUGCCGAAUCGAUCCAUUACCGGAGCCUGUUGCUGAAGGUUUUGGGUGGAUUCAGAAGGAUCCGACUGUCUAUCUUACGAUGAAUGGGCCAUCUGAAUUCUACAUCACUGGUCCACUCAAAGAUUGGUCGAUACUAGACGACGCCGGUAAAAUCCAGACCCCGACCCUUAUUUUGAACGGUCGGUACGACGAGGCGCAGGACAUUGUGGUCGCUCCAUUCUUCGAAAGUAUCCCCCGUGUCAAGUGGGUGACGUUCGCUGAGUCGAGCCAUAUGAUCCACUUCGAAGAGCGCGAGAGAUACAUGCAAGUCGUUGGCGACUUUCUUAUGUCUGAAUUCAAGUUGUAG